CUGCUCGCUUGUUCCAAAAUCUCUUUUCAGUUACCAGCAAGUCAGCCUUCCAUUGGAAUAGGAUCAGUCAUAACUGCUGCAGAUGGUCCAUUGGCUAUAACUGACGGUACGGGUAAGCCCGUACCUUCAUCCUCAUCUGCUCCUCAAGGACAAGUUUUGAGUACUCUCCCAGUGGGCUCAAGCAGUAGUCGUGCUGAAGAUAAUACUAAUCGGUCUUUGCUGCCUCUUCGCGCACCUAUGAUGGUCAAGCCAAAAUGGCAUGCGCCAUGGAAAUUAUACAGAGUCAUCUCAGGACAUACUGGUUGGGUGCGUGCAGUUGACGUAGAACCCCAGAAUCAAUGGUUUGCUAGUGGUGGAGGUGAUCGUAUUAUAAAGGUACGCAGUCAUUUUUGAAU